AUGGCGUCGAAGAAAGGAGACUCGACCGAGCUCAAUUACGAUAUGAAUUAUAAUCUAUUCCUGCUAAAGACUUCAAUGCAGAACCUAAAAUCGGCACAAGGUGAGAAUUACUACAUACAUCACUCUUCUCUUUAACUUUAUCCUACGCAAGUGAAUUCAAUAGCGUACUUUUUUUUAUUCUCGACCUCCUCAGAACCCCUAUCUAUUCUAGGCCGAUCGCAAAGAACUAAAUACAACCAUGAUCAUUUCGGUAUUUUACAGACAAACACAGCGUAAACCGUUGGGUGCACAAACUGUUGGCCAGCAACAAAACCCUGGCAGAGAUGAAGCUCCGUAACGAUUUUAUGUACCACUUGGUUACGUCCGUCCAAGAGGGAGAGCUUCGUCCACCGUUCAAUCAGUACCCACCGUCAUCGCCACUCAGUAAUCUCACGUAUCUGUUGACGGGCAAUGCGCCCUCCGCCGGCAACAAAGGCGGCGGCUCGUUUGAAUGCGAUCUGUCCAGCGAAGAAACGGAUAAGCCAAUGUUGCAUAGACAAUCGCCGGACGGCGGAGCUUUCUUGGCCGCAAAGCCCGUGCCCAAGUGCGGGGCGUUCUGUUACUUGGCUGUGGUUAGCAAGCCCCCAGUCAAAGAUGACAAACCAAAAUUGUAG